CAUGCCCUGCUCUAUCGUAGAACUCACGCAUGUUGAAGGGCUUGGGCUUGAAGCUACGGAAGUUGGCCUUGUCCUGCAACAUCUCCAGCUGCUUUUCGUCGGCCAUCUGUGUGUCCGGUAUCUCAUACCUGGAGCCCAGGGAAAGAUGGAUACUACAAUGGUGAAUCUGUGGACUCUGUUUGAGCAGCUUGUGCGCCGGUUGGAGGUUAUCAAUGAAGGAAAUGAAAGCAUUGAAUUCAUCCAGGUUGUAAAGGACUUCGAGGACUUCCGGAAGAAGUGUCAAAGAACCAACCAGGAGUUGGAAAAAUUCAAAGAUCUGUUGCUGAAAGCGGAGACGGGGCGGAGCGCUCUGGACGUCAAGCUGAAGCAUGCGCGGAACCAAGUAGAUGUAGAGAUCAAACGGAGACAGCGAGCUGAGGCCGAGUGUGCCAAGCUGGAACAACAGAUUCAGCUGAUUCGAGACAUACUCAUGUGUGACACAUCUGGCAGCAUCCAGCUGAGCGAGGAACAAAAGUCAGCCCUGGCUUUCCUCAACCGUGGCCAGGCAUCCAGCGGCAACGUCGGGAGCAAUAGACUGUCAACAAUUGAUGAAUCUGGUUCCAUUUUAUCAGAUAUCAGCUUUGACAAGACUGAUGAAUCACUGGACUGGGAUUCUUCUUUGGUGAAGAAUUUCAAAAUGAAGAAACGAGAAAAGAGGCGCUCCAGCAGCCGGCAGUUUGUCGAUGGCCCCCCUGGGCCUGUCAAGAAGACCUGCUCCAUUGGCUCCACAGUAGACCAGGCAAAUGAAUCAAUAGUUGCAAAAACUACAGUAACUGUUCCCAGUGAUGGCGGCCCCAUUGAAGCUGUGUCUACUAUUGAGACAGUGCCAUCGUGGACCAGGAGUCGAGGGAAAUCAGGUCCGUUACAGCCCGUGAACAGUGAUUCCGCUCUGAACAGCAGGCCACUGGAACCAAGAACUGAGACAGACAACUCAGGCACACCUCAGAACAAUGGAGGCAUGCGCCUACAUGACUUUGUCUCCAAAACGGUUAUUAAGCCUGAGUCCUGUGUCCCCUGUGGAAAGCGGAUCAAGUUUGGCAAGCUGUCCCUGAAGUGUCGAGACUGUCGUCUGGUCUCUCAUCCGGAGUGUCGGGACCGAUGUCCCCUUCCCUGUAUCUCUCCCCUGGUGGGAACUCCUGUAAAGAUUGGGGAGGGAAUGUUGGCCGACUUCGUGUCCCAGAUGUCUCCAAUGAUCCCCGCCAUCGUUGUCAGCUGUGUGAAUGAGAUCGAGCAGCGAGGCCUGACUGAGGCAGGCUUAUACCGGAUCUCAGGCUGUGACCGGACAGUGAAAGAGCUGAAAGACAAGUUCCUCAAAGUGAAGACUGUACCCCUCCUCAGCAAAGUGGACGACAUCCAUGCCAUCUGCAGCCUCCUCAAAGAUUUCCUUCGAAACCUCAAAGAACCCCUUCUGACCUGUUGGCUAAGCAAAGCCUUCAUGGAGGCAGCAGAGAUAACAGAUGAAGACAACAGCACAGCCGCCAUGUACCAGGCUGUCAGUGAGCUGCCCCAAGCCAACAGGGACACCUUAGCCUUCCUCAUGAUCCACUUGCAGAGAGUGGCUCAGAGUCCGAACACAAAGAUGGACAUUGCCAAUCUAGCUAAGGUCUUUGGCCCUACAAUAGUUGCCCACACUGUGCCUAAUCCAGAUCCAGUGACAAUGUUCCAGGACAUCAAGCGUCAGCUCAAGGUGGUGGAGCGCCUGCUCUCUCUGCCCCUGGAAUACUGGAAUCAGUUCAUGAUGGUGGACCAAGAGAAUAUUGACAUCCAGCGAGGCAAUGGGAACGCAACACCACGGACGCCAGAUGUUAAAGUGAGCAUCCUGGGGCCUGUGACCACUCCUGAGUUCCAGCUUGUCAAGACUCCUUUAUCAAGUUCCCUGUCACAGAGAUUGUACAGCCUCUCCAAGAGCACUCCCAGAUUUGGGAACAAGAGCAAGUCUGCCACCAACUUAGGUCAACAAGGCAAAUUUUUCCCUGCUCCAUACCUCAAGUAAAGCCAUUUCUGCCUGGUGUCCAGCAUUUGCUACCAGCAGGAAACAUACCUGCUUGCUCUCAGCCUCAUUUGUAAUUACUUCUUUUAGCAUUUUCCAGGCUUUAAAUAAAGUUUAAUGUGUAUUAGAGUUUAAUUUUCAAUACUCCCUCUUGCCUCGUGACUUAAUAGCACCUGUGCUAGCUGUCGGGAGCUUUUAGAUAGGGCUGAAGGGUUGGUUAGUAGGGAUUGGUGGUGACUCUUUAAGUGUCCCUUUGGCUUAAAGCCAAAUACUGCUCAUGAAAGGUGUCUCUUCCCUUUGGUGUCACUUAGACAAUGACAGAAAUCUUACCUCUUAGAUAAAGCUGAGUUAUCUCAGGACAGAGGCUGCAGGAUGGCCCUGCACAAAGCCUGGCUCCCCGUCCUGCUCUAGGGACAUGGAGCCUCAGCAACAGGAUAGAGUGAGGCGCUGGUCUGAGGUACCUCAGUCAUCUGGGCCAUGGACAGUGCCACAG